AGUAGAAUGCUAAAAGCAUAGUCUGUAAGUGAAAUAAAACAAAUAUUAAACGAGUGGAAAACACAGCAUUGAUAAGAAGGCUUUGAAAUUGAAUGAACCGACUUCAGUUUGUGUAUUGUAAUUAAGGAAACUGCAGUCAAGACAAGAUGCUCAAACAGAAAUUACAGCUGGGAGUUGGGAGAAGUCUCCCUAACUUCGGUAGACGAAGGCCUAAGCAACAUAAUCGCCAAAACGUGCGGCAAUUACAUGAAACUGUGGAAAUUGAAUGCCAAACAGCACAGCUGCUUGGCGAAAUUCAAUUAACAGCGUGGAAGGGGGGAGUGAAGCGAGAGACACGUGCCGGGCUAUAAAAACAACAAACUACUCAAGUGAAGAGCCCACUCAGCACUGUCGAUUGGAUCUACGAGAUGGCCAGCUUAACGUGUCUAGUUCCGUUCGCUUUGCUUUCCGUUGCUGCAUGCAUUCAUCAGGCGCACGCGUGGAGCACUCAAGAGGAGACGGUUGAAGAGGAGUCAGAGCAGCAGGAGGAACUCGAUGCACAGCGCUGGCAGCUGGGUUAUGAGCAGUGGCAACGUCAAUGUGUGACUCACGAGCGUUCAGCUGGGAUCAGCACACGCAUCGCUCGUGGAGAAGCCGCCGAGCCGGGACAAUUUCCCCACCAAGUUGCAUUAUUGCUCCAGCUAAACAACGGCAGCUUGCGACAAUGUGGCGGCACACUUAUAACUCUGCAAUUUGUGCUGACCGCAGGCCAUUGUCUGACGAAUGCGGCAGGUGGCAAGCUCUUUUUGGGUGCCACAACAUAUGCGAAUGCCACGGCAGCAGAGGCAACAUUCGAAGUGUCGCGCAGUAACUUUAAUGUGUAUCCAGGCUAUCUGGGAUUUGGGGGCUAUCAUGAUCUGGCUUUGAUACGUCUGCCACAUGAAGUCACGCCCAGUGAGCGGGUGCAACCCAUUGCGCUGGCUCGCCAGUUCAUGCAACAGCCACUGUUGCAGGGUCAAUUAGUCAUCACAUCGGGCUGGGGCGCCACGACAGACGACGAGCUGAAUGCCACCGCACGCACACCGGAUCAAGUCGAUGGACUGCAAUAUGCGAGUGUCAAAGUGCUGGAGCAGCAGCGUUGCAUUUGCCUCUUCCUGCCCGGUUUGGUCAAUGCUCGGCGACACAUUUGCACCGAUGGCGAGGGCGGACGUGGCGCCUGUCAAGGGGAUUCAGGGGGUCCGCUGGUGUAUCGGUGGGGCAAUGUCAGCUAUUUGAUAGGGAUAACCUCGUUUGGCAGCGCCAACGGGUGCGAAGUGGAUGCGCCCACCGUGUACACGAGGAUAACUGCCUAUUUGGAGUGGAUUAUGGAUGAAGCGGGCAUCGUCGACAGUCAACAGUCAACAGUCGACAGUCAACUAAAUGCAAUUAACGCCUAAUUGUUGGCCAUUAAUUGCUUAACAAUAUAGCCAACGACCAGGAGCCAGAAACACGUCCUGCGAACGACAAUAAAACCAAUUAAAACGACACUCGCAAUAAAACCGAAUGCGAAACUCUCAACUUUUGCUUUCUCUUGUAUUUUUCGGGGUUGCCCUUUUUAUGGUCCCCAAAUGGAAAUUGUAGCUAAUAAAUAACAAUAAACACAAUGAAAUCGAAAUUGUAAUCGAUAUGUUUGGGAAAAGACUAUAAAAAUGCCAAAAACAAAAUAAAGAAAAAAUGUCAAUUAAAUUUGUCGGAGAAGGGAAAUUUGAGCUGGGCAAUCGACUAAUCGGCUUUAAUUGAGCAUUUUGAAUAGGCGAUUAACCGCAGUUUUGUGGCCAGUUUUUGUUGUGCCCACAGCAAAAUCCACAUCGACAAUCGUCGCAAUCACGCGGCGAGUGUUGAUAAAUACACAAAUACCAAAUGACCAAACAACUUUUUGCGGUCAGUUUUGCCGGUUCUCGAGUUCUCGGCGAGUUUAAUAAUAAAUCAAAUGCAACAACAAAUACCAAUAGCAAUAUCAAUCGAAAAUAUUAUUAUAAAUAAUUAUCAGUCUCAUGAUUGCGAAAUCUGUCCAAGGAAGAGACGCCGCAAACAAUGACAGUUGAAGGCCAAUAAUGCAUUUACUUAGCACAUAGAUCUAGGUUGCGAUUGUAAGUUGAUCUUGGGAACCGAAACGGAACUGACAGCUCAAUGUCUCCAAUGAUAAGAUACACAGAUAGAAGAAAUAUGAAAACUAAGACCAUUUAAUGCAACUUACUUUCAAGUAUCGUAUGGAGAGCAAAACAAACUAUGCUCAACUUUAUUUUCAAUAAUUCGCAAAGACUCGCAAGCCCCCAAAUAUCCUAUCGGAUUAACGAAAGUAAAUAACAUAAGCAGAAAAAAACGCACAAGUGUUUGUAAACAAAAACAUAAUUCGUUAAAUUUAGAAACUCAUAAGAAAUAAAUCAAUUUGAAAGCUGAUGGAUUUCAAUAAGAUUGUCGCCGCAGCUGCGUGCCAAACUUACUCGUAUCUCGUUUGAUAUCACCUUCGAGAAGUGUUCAAAACUGUUUCAUUGAUAUGUGAUAAGACUGUGGGCUGGAACGUUGACAUUGUCUUGGACGCCGUGACCAGGCUAGUG